CUAACCAAACUAAACAAAAGAAGCAACUCAAGCAAGAGAUUCUGGUCUCACAUUUCAUUUUGAAAAAGUUUCAACUAAACUGAAAAACAUCAUCAAUUGGAUCAUGCAACUCUCUUUGUUCCUCCAUCAUCACCACCACCCUAUGCUCCUCCAUAAUUAUUGCCCUCUUAACUCUCUUCACUUCACAAGGACACAAACAAGACUUUACAAUAGGAAUUCAUAUAAGGUACUACCAUGCAAUUGUUCAUAUUCUUCUUCUUCUUCCAACAAAGCUGAUAGUUUUACUUCAAAGAUUGAUGAAGGAAGAAGGGCAUUGCUCAGUUGUCUCCUCAUCACCACUUUUUCAGUUAGUGGAGUGUAUGCAUGUGAUGAUGCUGAAGCUGUUAGCACAAGUAGAAGAGCUCUAAGAGGAGCAAAAAUUCCAGAAAGUGAUUUUACAACCCUACCUAAUGGCUUGAAGUACUAUGAUUUGAAGGUUGGGCAAGGAGCCGAGGCUGUAAAAGGAUCUCGUGUCGCGGUUCACUAUGUUGCUAAGUGGAGAGGUAUCACAUUUAUGACUAGUAGACAAGGAAUGGGAGUUGGAGGAGGAACGCCCUAUGGAUUUGAUGUAGGAGAAUCCGAGAGGGGAAAUGUUCUCAAAGGGUUGGAUUUAGGUGUACAAGGCAUGAGAGUGGGAGGCCAGAGAUUACUAAUUGUUCCUCCAGAACUUGCCUAUGGAAAGAAGGGAGUCCAAGAAAUACCUCCAAAUGCAACAAUAGAGUUGGAUGUUGAACUGCUUUCAAUCAAACAAAGUCCAUUCGGGACUGCGGUAAAGAUCGUUGAAGGUUAAUGCCAUGAGUAAUUAUCAAAGUAUAAGUUAGAUAAUUAUAUGAUGAACAGAGAAUUUCACCUUUUUUUUUCUUUCUGAAUUUGCAAAAGAAAUGGAAACCUUCUUGUAUAGAUUUACAUUUUUUUCAAAUAAUUGGUACAUGAAACCAAAAACUAAUGGUUAAUGAUUUGAAAUUGAAGGUAUUACACUGU